AUGAUCGUGUGCAUGAACUUGGACGCGACGGAGAGUACGAAGCAGCACAUGUCCGAGUGCGUCGCCUCGUUCAGGAUCACGGUCUGCAGCUCGUGCGAGCGCUCGGCGAUGGGCUGGAACAUAGAGCAGCGCGAGUACGAGCUCACGAACAUGGCCUUGGACUCGAAUAUGAUCAAGAACUGGAAGCCGUAUGUACUCGCGAACAAGAUGUUGGACGGAAAGUUGAGCUUGGGCGGCAACAGCAAGGAGUUGGUAGAGAGGAAGCAGGCGUUGAAUAGCGGCUUGUUGGGGAACUGCCUCAAGAGCGUCUACGCGCCCGGGGACGACGACGAGUGCUUGGUCUUGAAGGCGGUCCUGUUCGUGGUCGUAGUCAAAACCCCGGUCUUGAUGCUGCGCUACGGCAACACCCUCUACUUGGACCUGAGCGAGUAG